AGAGUCCGAGCCCACUGUAAUCCAUUGAGUGAUGACUUUUUUGAUUAUCCUAAGAAGCCUAGUGAUGUAAAUUGGCAGGAAAUGUAUCCAAUGAUGAAUAUUGAAACAGAAAAAGUGGAAAUUCUUGAUGUGGGUUGUGCAUAUGGUGGAUUAAUUACAUCAAUUGCUCCAGUUCUUCCACAAACCUACAUUCUCGGAGUUGAAAUUAGAAAGAAGGUUGCAGAAUUUACACAACAAAGAAUUUUAUCUCUCCGUGAAGGAAAAGCACUCAAAGAAACACAACAAGAUACACCAAAGUUGGAAUCUGGACAUGAUUUCCAUAACGUUUGGGCAAUGAGAUCCAAUGCUAUGAAAUUCCUUCCAAAUUACUUUAAAAAAGGUCAAUUGAAAAAGAUUUUCUUCAUGUUCCCAGAUCCACACUUUAAGAAAAAGAACCACAGAAGAAGAAUUGUCAGUCCAUGUCUCAUUCCUGAAUAUUCAUACUUGUUAGAAAAAGGAGGUUUGAUUUAUACAAUUACAGAUGUUCAAGAAUUAGGUGAAUGGAUGGCCUCUAGUUUUGAAGACGAAAUUGUUCCACAAGGAUACUUUGAACGUGUCUCUCAAGAAGAAUUGGAUAAGGAUCCAAUCAUUCCAUUCAUUAUGAACUCUAGUGAAGAUGGUCAAAGAACUAGUGAACAAAAACUGAACAAGCAUUUGGCAGUUUUCAGAAAAAUC